AUGGAUACCUUACUAACCGCUGAGAUUGCGGCAAACGCUCCCCGGUAUCGCCGGAGGAGCUCAACCUUCAUCGACAGCAUCCAUGAUGUCUCGGAAGACAACGACAUGGCGCCCGCCCAACUCUACAGCACCAUGUCUGGGCGGCUGUUUCACUCUGGCCGUAUUGCCAUUGUCAUGGUUGGCCCGCCCGCUCGAGGCAAGACGCAUAUUUGUGUAUCCAUGGCACGUUAUCUCCAGUGGCUCGGUGUCAAGACUCGUAUUUUCCACUUGGGAGACUACAGGCGAGCAACCAUUGGUCCCGAAGGCACGCUCCCCGAUGACUACUUCUUCCCGGAUGCAUCUCCUUCAUCCGUCAUCCUUCGCCAAAAGAUUCUCAAGAAAUGUCGUGAAGACAUCUAUGCCUGGCUGAACCACGAAAACGGCCAAGUCGCCAUUUACGAUGCCGUAAACCCCACGGCGAGCGGAAGACGCGCUCUGGCCAAGGAAUUUGCAAAGCAUGACGUCCAGACUUUAUUCAUCGAGUCGUAUGUGAAUGACGAGCAAAUCCUGCAUGACAAUGCCAUCAAUGUCAAAAUCUCUUCGCCCGAUUUUGCUGGAAUGGAUCGCGAGGAAGCGGCAAAAAUGUACCUGAAAAGGAUAGAAAUGAGGAUUCCUGUGUUCGAGACCAUGGAAGAAAAGGAGCUCAACUACAUCAAGAUGAUCAACGCCGGUCAAAAGUUCUUUUACAACAACCUCAGCUUCAACUACCUCUCCCACAGAAUCGUCUUCUACCUCACCAACCUCCACAUCAAGUCCCGAACCACCUUCUUUGCCCGGGCAGGUACAACAGCGGAAGAAGAUUCCUAUAAGGCAGACGCCGAACUCUCAGAAGAGGGCAGAUAUUACGCUAAGAUGAUGUCCGAGACGCUUCUGAAACAUCGCGAACAAGAGAGGCUGGAACAGAUUGCCAAGGGCAAGCCCGAUACUCCCCUACGACCGCUUUCCAUCUGGACGUCCACUCGUCUUCGCACAAUUCAAACGGCCGACUACCUCAAAGAAAAAGGCUACAAGGUUCGGCAGCGCUCUCAAAUGAGUCAGAUCAACCCCGGUGUCUGCGAAAAAAUGUCAGAGCGAGUAAUCAGGCAGAUAUACCCCGAAGAGGUUGAAAAGCAUGCACUCGAUCCCUAUCAUCAUCGAUAUCCUCGUGCCGAGUCCUACCACGACCUUGCUGUUCGACUCGAGCCCAUCAUCCUGGAAUUGGAGCGAGAACAGAGUGACUUGCUGAUUAUCGCACACGAGUCUGUUCUUCGCGUGCUGUUCGCCUACCUGAUGCACUGCUCCACCAUGGAUAUCCCCAGUCUCAAGUUCCCCCGUGACGAGAUCAUCGAGAUUAUUCCAGCAGCCUACCAGAACGAAGCCAGGCGUAUCCGCAUCCCCAAUUUGGACCCCAAGAUGCUGUCUGCUUCUCCCGAUGAUAUCAGGGUACCAGGAAGCCGGCCCAUGAGCAGGCCUGAGAGCGGCCAGAUGAGUCCAAUUGCUGGCGGCCUAGGUAGCCCAGCUGAGCCGCUGGGCGGGUCGACGGAGAUGGUGGUCAAUACAUCGAAGGACUUGGUCGCGGACAAGAUCCACGAUGAAAUCUAA